CCACCCCUUCUCAGUGGCAGGGAAGCACUCGUCACUGAUUUCAUCCUACCAGCUCAAGACACUGUAACAGAAAGAAAGAGCAGAAAGGACCAUCCCAAAUUAGAGCAUCUUGUGGAUCAAAAUUUAGGCUGCAAUCAACCAGUGAUCUGAUAGCAAAUGUCUAGUUUGCUGUGAGUGGCUGUGGACAGUGGGAUUCACCUCGCUAUGGCGAGAUCAAAACUCCUCCUCUUCCUCACCGGCUUUUGUGUAUUUCAUUUCUUUGGAUACCUGUACUAUACCAGCCAGGAGUAUGUCCGCCAUCUACAGGCAUUGCAUGGGAAAACAAUCUACAUUCAGGGCACUGAUGACUUGAGAGAGGUUUUGAAGGAAGACAGUGGCUUGGAGGCCAUAGCAAGACAUUCUGGGUCAUCCGUAAACUUGACAAAACUGCUUACUCAUUCGGGCUCCAAAAGUAGUAAUUUUAGAGAAAAGGACAGCAAAGGGGAGAAAAAUUCUAAUGGAAUAUUAAGAAAUGUUGGUUCCAGCCGAACAAGAAAGUUAUCCAGUGUUAUUGAAUCCCAGCAAGAAGUGGUAAAUCCUCACGAUUUCCCCUACCUGAUCAAUGAGGAAUAUGUUUGCCAAAAGGACGGAAAGAAAGAGGAAGUUUUCUUGAUGGUUGUAGUCUUAUCCUCUGUGCACAGGUACAGGCAACGACAAGCAAUUCGGCAAACAUGGGGAACUGCAAUCAAUCAACCUGAAUUAAAAACUAAAGUUGUAUUCAUGCUUGGGAGAACCAAUGAGUCCUUUCAUGAGUAUCAAGUCAGAAAAGAGAGUGAACAGCAUCAUGAUAUUAUACAAGAGGACUUUAUUGACACCUACAGAAAUUUAUCUAUUAAAACUACAGCAGUGCUAAAGUGGUAUACAACAUAUUGCAACCAUGCUAAAUAUCUACUCAAAACUGACGAAGACAUGUUCGUCCACAUUCCAAACUUGAUAAAAAGCUUGAAAGAUUCUGGUCCCAAAUUUCACAAGUUCAUCAUGGGUUCUGUGAUCAAAGGUGCAAUGCCUUACAGGCAAAAUUUCUCAAAAUGGUAUGUUUCAAAGGAGGAGUAUAGUGACUCAGUUUACCCAACAUACAUCUCAGGAACAGCGUAUGUUAUUUCACAGGAUCUCGUAAGUGAUCUAUAUCAGGCAACACUAGUGACACCUAUGUUUUGGUUGGAAGAUGUGUACAUCACUGGGAUAUGUGCCGCUAAGGUGGACGCCUCACACGUGCAUCAUUUAGGUUUUCAAUAUUUUCGACGGAAUGAACCUCCUUGUAACUUUGCCAAUUUUAUCACAGGUCAUCGAAUUGGUCAGCAGGAAAUGAGAAGGAUAUGGAAGGCUUUGGAUGGGCCAAGGUGGUCUUGUUAAUGUCCUCUAGCUAUGUUAAGUAUAAAAUUGGUGCUGUAGCAACUUUAAAUAUAUUAUAAUAUCAAGGCAGCUCUAUCAAUAGGUCAUUGCUGUAUAGUUUGUUUGACUGAACCACUGAUUUAUUGCAAUAUAAAUCUGUGCUAAUAAACCAUUUUAGUUUUUAGUGAGGAUGACAAUUAUUGCAUUCAAUUUUAAAAAAUGUGGGUACAUGUAAAUCCAUCAUUGAAAACAAUAAUAAUAGGUUGUUAAUGACCAAUACUGGAUUGCCUUGUUAGGUUAUGCAUCAGUUUAAUCAGUGCCAAAAAAACUGACAUAUUUUGAGACUUUGUUUCAUACGAGUCUUUUAAGCAUCAAAUGUACAUUUGUAAUAAUAUCUUAGCAUAAUUCUCAUUUUCACAAACUGCAGAUUAACAAUUUCAGUCAACAAAGCCCAUUAUUAUAGGUAAUGCUUUUCUGCAGUGUACUGUUGAGUGCCAAAUGAUAUUGAACGCCUUUGACAUAUUUUUAUUAUUAUUACUACUACUACUACUGCCUUUCAUUUGAUGGAUAUAUGUAAGUCAAUUUUUUUGUAGAAAAAUUAUGUUAAUUUUUUGUUAUUGUCAAUUAUUCUCAUCAAGAAUAUAAAACCUGUGUUAAAAUUUCUACUGUGCCAAAAUCAUUUUACUUUUUACCACAAACAUUGCAAUAUUAAGCUUUUUGUGAUGUUAACAUUAAUUUUGCUGAUUAAAUUGAAUGGAGUGGGCUGUAUUGUAAUUGACAGUACAUAUUUUUGUGAACAACAUACCCUUAAUGUGCAUUUUUGUACAUUUAUAAUUAAAUAUCAUUCUGUACAUUUGCAUUUAUUUCCUUUCGAAUAGCAGAAGCAUUUACAUUGUGACAAACGGUAGAUAUGCAGGUACAUUAUAGCCGUAUAUAUAAUUCUUUGGCCUGUGAACGUAUUGCAUUUCAUUUAACAAACAAAAUUUAGCUUUCAAAAAAACAUAGGUACAGAAUACUUGACAUAAUAAAAUUUAUGUUAAAUAUGCUGGCAAUUGUUUGCCUAACGCUGUGAUAUUGUGAAUAUGUCAGAUAUAUAGUGCAUCAGUUAUGUGUGCAUAACAUGUAUUGUCCAUUAGUUUUUUCAGCUAUCUACCUUAUUAAAAAACUCCUCCAUCUGUUAACCCAUGGUACAUGUAGUGUUUAGUUUAGUACAGUAGGCUAAGAGACACAAUUAUCUGUUAUGUAGCAUUUGGUCUUUCUGAUUUCUGUAAUAUUUUAAUAUUAAAAUACCAGUUAAACAAGAUGAAAUUAAGUUUAUAUAAUUUUCAUUUGAAAAUGUCUAUUGAAUUAGUGUUAGAUUAUCAGAUAUGGUGGGGUAUGUUGAAUAU